UUGGCGUAGCCGCACGCCGCGUUCGUAGCGCGUGUGCUACGUAAUAUAAUACGAAAACGCUGAAGAUUUAAACUACUUAAAUCAAUAAGUUUUUUUUAACUUCACUGUGACUUACUUAAUUUAUUCCUUAUAAAGUGAAGUAUAAGUUAUAAUUAUUGGAAAAAAAAAGUUUUUUAAUAAAUUGUUUUCGAUUUAUUUUAUUUUGAAUAAGUUUAAAAUGAGUGAAGGUUUACUGAGUAUAUUGAAGAAUGAAGGUAGAAUUUCAAACGAAGAUAAAAAUGGCGAAGGAUGGGUUAAAAGGAAAGAAAUUCUACGUGCAAGAAAAGGAUCGAAAUAUGGAAUUAGGAAAGAGAGAGCAAGACGAGAAAUCGAUAGUGCAACCGAGACGAGACCAGUGGAAACAAGUUCGCAUAAAUCACCGGCGCAUCCGUCUCGUAUCUCCGCCGGUGAGAGUGAAUGGAGCGGCGUGACUGGAGGACCACCAGCGGAAGUAGUCUUGCGGUUACAUCCUUCACCUACACCCGCUUACCCCGCACACACACGCUUCAAUCUAUCAACAGAAAUCGAGCGGAGUAAACUCACCGAUUGUCCACCCGCUGAAGUAGUUAGCCGGCUACAUCCCCCUACAAAACCAGCCCAUCCCGAAAUUAUGAUCGCCAAUAUGUCUUUAGCUAAUAUUGAUGGGAGUGGAGUUGUCGUCCGAGCUGAGGAGGCUUUAAUCGUCGCGUUCGUGUUACUGCUUUGGGUGGCCGCUAUUGCGCUCUUCUUCAACCGCUGGGGCAAGAUCAGGUGCGUCUAUAAACUGAUGUUAGAACCAUAUCAGCCAAAGUUCCAACAGCAACAUCGGCAAAGUUGCGCUCUUGCGGAAAAUUCUGUGUCCGUCCCGCCUCAUCAUCGAGCGUCCCUUUCAAGAGGUUGUGUUUCAUACGACUGCGGGGGAACAUUUCCAUCGUAUCAACCCUGUGGCUAUCUGGGACAUCGAACUAGACAGAAUUCCGUCUUCGUCGGGAGCAUGGGUGGGAUGGCAUUGAUACCAGAGAGUCCACCGCGAAGAUCGCGUUCCGCUGCUGAUCUCCCAGCACUCACAACCCCCUCGGACCACCCGAUGCGUACCCCUAGGUCCUCAAGAGCCGCUAGUCUCCACAGCGCCGUGGACCUCAGAGUCUGUGUUCCAUCACCCCGGACCUCGAGAGCAGCGAGUCUUCAUUCGGCUGUUGACAUGCCCCAAGGAUCAGUUCAGGUCCACGUCCGAGGUUCAGCGACUAAUCUGAACAGACCAAGAAGCCCGAGACGUUUAACGAUCACUAAUGUGUAAUAUCGCAAGUGAACUCGCUUCAUUGACUGAGACCAAUAUUUCUUUUAAUUUCGAUGUAAAUGUGAAAUUUAGCUUUUCAAUUGUCUCAAAUAUUUAAAAUAAGUAUAAUUUAAUUAUUAAUAAUGUAAUUAUUAUC